CUAUCAUUUUCGUUCGCGUGUCGGGUCGUGGUCACUUGUGCAACAUAAUAGUUAGCUUUCAUAUUUGAAAGUUGAAGUGAAUUUAUAUUUUCAAAAUUAAUCAAAACUACUAAAUUUCAAUAUGAUACCAAAAUUUUGCAGAAUCUUUUGCUUGGUUUUCCUGAUUGGAGAUUUUCAUUCAAGUUUAUCCCACUUCGAUAACAAUAGACCAAAACUAUUAAAUUCAAAUAUAAACAAUGGAUCUAUCGCUACAUUGGAUGACGCACGACAUCAGGCGUCAAUACGUCUAGUUAACAAAGAUGUUACCUUCGGUGAAGGUCACAUUUGUAGUGGUUCUUUGAUAUCAUCACGAGUAGUUCUAACAGCUGGUCGAUGCCUUUUCAAUUCAGAUACCAAGACCACGCGUCAUCCUGCCGAAUUAAUCGUAGUUUUGGGUUCGAUUAAUCGAUAUCAGCGGACUGCUGAUACCGUGAUUUCUAGAAUCACGCAUAUUCGAUAUCCAUCAACCUUUGAUAUGGAAACAAUGAGUGACGAUAUUGGUUUAUUAUUUUUGAGUCAUGAAGUUCCCGAGAAUCAUUCAACUAUUCGACCAAUUGAAUUAAAUCGAAAAAAUAUCGAUAUCAAUAUGAUGCGAGGAAGAGUGACUGGUUGGGAACUAUCUAAAAAUGGUGACUUAUCUCAACAACUUUUAGUCUCGAAUGCAUCCAUUGUUAAUCAAACAAGCUGUGUAACUAAAGUCGAAGGACCUCAUAUUAGAAAUGGAAUGAUUUGUGCCAAAUACAAUCGAAUUGAAGGUAACCUUUGUCAAUCCGAUGUUGGGGCGCCAUUAGUGAAUGCUGGCAAACAAAUAGGAUUGGCAUCUUGGACAGCAGAUAGUUGUUCGACACAAAGUGACCAUCAACUAGCUUCUUAUACAGAUGUUGCACAUCACACCAAAUGGAUUCGAACAGAAAUGUCAGAUGGUAAUAAUACUGACAGUUCUGUUUGGGGUGCUCUUGGAUUUCUGGCACUUUCGUGGUUUGCAUUUAAGGACAAGCAGAAAUUAAGUUUCAGAUUUUAGACUUCGUAAUUUUUGUUUUCUGCCAAAUGAAUCUGAUUAGUGAUUAUUUAUGUUUAGUUAAUUUAAAAAAAAAAAAUAGAAAAUAUACAAAUUAAAAAAUAGUAAAAACA